CUCGGGUCCACCGCUGCUGGAGGCGAACGUCCCAAAAGUAUACUCUCACUCGAGUUUUCUGUUUGCACCCUCCAGACGCCAGAGAGAGAGAGAGAUUUUCUAGGGUUCCUUCGAGGUGCUGCGACAAGAAAACCAGAGAUUCUCAACUCCUGGGAUCGAAAAAACCGUAGAAAAGCACAGCAUCUGAAAUCCUAGUUUUUAAUUUUUCUUCCCUUUCUGAAGGAGGAGGGUAAAAGAAGAAGCCGGCAAGAUGAGGAUUAUGAUAAAGGGAGGCGUUUGGAAGAACACGGAGGAUGAGAUUCUCAAAGCGGCUGUUAUGAAAUAUGGGAAGAAUCAGUGGGCCCGAAUCUCUUCCCUUCUCGUCCGCAAAUCGGCCAAGCAGUGCAAGGCCCGGUGGUACGAGUGGCUUGAUCCCUCCAUUAAGAAGACUGAGUGGACCCGAGAAGAAGAUGAGAAGCUGCUUCAUCUUGCUAAACUCAUGCCCACACAGUGGAGGACAAUUGCACCAAUUGUGGGUCGAACGCCAUCCCAGUGUCUUGAGCGUUACGAGAAACUGCUUGAUGCAGCAUGCGUCAAGGAUGAGAACUAUGAACCCAGUGACGACCCACGGAAGUUGCGCCCUGGGGAGAUUGACCCAAACCCUGAAUCUAAACCUGCACGUCCUGAUCCUGUUGAUAUGGACGAAGAUGAAAAGGAAAUGCUCUCGGAAGCCCGAGCCCGGUUAGCAAACACCAGAGGCAAGAAGGCGAAAAGGAAAGCCAGGGAGAAGCAGCUGGAAGAGGCAAGGAGGCUUGCUUCUUUGCAGAAACGGAGAGAACUCAAGGCAGCUGGUAUCGACACUAGGCAACGGAAGAGGAAAAGGAAGGGGAUAGACUACAACGCCGAGAUACCCUUUGAGAAAAGGCCCCCACCAGGGUUCUAUGAUGUUGCAGAUGAGGAGAGGCCAGUGGAUCAGCCCAAGUUUCCGACCACCAUUGAAGAACUUGAAGGGAAAAGGAGGGUCGAUGUGGAGGCCCAGUUAAGAAAGCAGGAUAUUGCUAAGAACAAGAUUGCACAGAGGCAGGAUGCCCCAUCAUCGAUAUUGCAAGUGAACAAGCUUAAUGAUCCUGAAGCAGUCAGGAAGAGGUCAAAACUAAUGCUUCCACCGCCGCAGAUUUCAGACCACGAAUUGGAGGAGAUAGCAAAGUUGGGUUAUGAAGGCGAUCUUGUUUUAGGGAAUGAGGAACUUGCCGACGGAACUGGUGCUACACGGGCUCUUCUUGCAAAUUAUGCUCAAACACCACGGCAGGGGAUGACACCGUUGCGGACACCGCAAAGAACUCCUGGCGGCAAGGCUGAUGCUAUUAUGAUGGAAGCGGAAAACCUUGCACGGUUGAGAGAGUCGCAGACACCUUUAUUAGGUGGAGAGAAUCCAGAACUGCACCCAUCUGAUUUUUCGGGUGUUACACCUAAGAAAAGGGAGAUACAGACACCAAACCCCAUGGCAACUCCUUUGGCAAGUCCUGGACCAAUGGCUCUUACUCCUAGAAUUGGUAUGACACCAUCAAGGGAUGGAUAUUCUUAUGGCGUGACUCCAAAAGGGACUCCUCUACGGGACGAGCUUCACAUUAACGAAGAUAUGGAUAUGCAUGACAGUGCUAAGCUUGAACUGCGUCGGCAGGCUGAGCUGAGAAGAAACUUGCAUUCCGGUUUAAUCAAUCUUCCACAGCCUAAGAAUGAAUACCAGAUAGUUAUCCAACCCAUUCCCGAGGAAAACGAAGAAGCUGAGGAUAAGAUUGAAGAAGAUAUGUCAGAUAGGCUAGCUAGAGAGAAGGCAGAGGAAGAAGCAAGACAGAUGGCACUACUCAGGAAGAGAUCAAAAGUGCUGCAGCGGGAGCUCCCUAGGCCUCCUACUGCUUCCUUGGAUCUCAUCAAGCAGUCGUUGAUCAGGGGUGAUGAAGAUAAGAGUUCGUUUGUCCCUCCUACUUUGAUUGAGCAGGCUGAUGAGAUGAUAAGAAAGGAACUUCUUGCAUUACUAGAGCAUGAUAAUGCAAAGUAUCCACUUGAUGAAAAAACGGAGAAAGACAAGGAGAAGAAGAAAGGAGUCAAGCGUACAGCAAAUGGAAAGCCUGCUCUUUCCAUCCCUGAGAUUGAGGAUUUUGAAGAAGAUGCACUGAAGGAGGCUGAUUCUUUGAUAAAGGAAGAGGUUCAAUUUCUUCGUGUGGCGAUGGGGCAUGAGGAGGAAUCUCUUGAUGAAUUUAUUAAAGCACGCGAUGCAUGCCAAGAAGAUCUGAUGUACUUCCCGGCUCGUAAUGCUUAUGGUCUUGCCAGUGUUGCCAACAAUAGUGACAAACUUGUGGCCUUGCAAAACGAAUUUGAGAAUGUGAAGAAGAGAAUGGAUGAUGAGGCUAAGAAGGCCCUGCGGCUUGAGCAGAAGAUAAAAGUUCUUACUCAAGGAUAUCAGAUGCGGGCAGGAAAGUUAUGGUCACAAAUAGAGGCCACCUACAAGCAGAUGGACACUGCUGGAACAGAACUCGAGUGUUUUCGAGCUUUGCAGAAACAAGAGCAGUUUGCAGCAACUCACAGAAUCAAUGGCUUGCUUGUGGAAAUCAAUAAGCAGAAAGAACUUGAAAGAAAUCUGCAGCAGCGCUACGGAGGCCUCAUAGUGGAGCAGGAUAGGAUUCAAAGGCUUCUAGAGGAGUACAAGUUAGAAUUACAAAAGCAGGCAGAAAUUGCUGCGAUAGAACUGCAGAAACAAAAAGAAAUUGCUGCAAUGGAAUUGCAGAAGCAGGAAGAAAUCGCGGCGAUGGAAUUGCAGAAGCAAAAAGAAAUUGCAGCAAUGGAAUUACAGCAGGAAGAAAUCGCAUCAGUGGAAACAGAGCAGCAGGAAGAAGUUGAGGUUAUGGAAUUACAGAAGCAGAAAGAAACUGUGACGAUAGAGUUACAAAAUCAGGAGGAAAUGGCCACAGUGGAUUUACAAAAGCUGGAAGAAGUCCUGGUGGAAAAUCGUCCACUAGGGGUAUCAGUUCAAGCUACGGAAGAUACUGAUAUGCCAACCGCUCAGUAUGGUGAACCUGUUGCCUCUUCCAAAGAAGUCCCAGUCUCAGUUCCCAUUGACCAUCCGCAUGAUGAAACAUCAACCAAGCAAGCGGAUGUCAGUCUAGAUCACGCUGUUGAAAAUGUGAAUGUGGGUCGAAAGGAUAUCAAUGUUGAUCCAGAGCCUCAGUCAGUUACUAGCAUGAAUAUGAGCCUGUCCGAUAAUGGUGCUGCCACUGUAAAUGAGGAAAAGGUGACUCUGUUAGAUGGUGAGAAUCACAAAGAGCUUAAUGCUAGUGGAGAUCAGUUCCCUGUUGGGAGUGGUGACAACCUGAUAGGCGCUGUGGUUGAAAAUCCCUCUAUUCCUUUUCAAGCUGACAUGGUUCUUGAUGGGACUGCCAUUCUGAAUUCAAUGACUAGGGUAGAGAAGAUGCCAGUUGAUCAUCCAGCAGGUGAUUCUAGAAAUGAUGUUCAAGUUGUAGAGGAAGAUAAAGCUUGUGAUUCAGGAAUCCAUGUUGAAGCUGCUGGUGAAGAACAUACUGCAGCAAAUAGUAAUAGUUAUGUCGAAUCCAAGUUACUGGUUGAGGAUCAUUCCUCUGUUUCAGAAGGCCAAAACCCAGAUGCUCUUCCUAUCAAGCAAGUUGGUCAUCCCCUGACAGCUGCUGCAGGAGACGGUGGUAACUUGGCUGCGGUGGACAUAGAAGAGAAAGCGACGGAUGAGGUUGAUCAGACUCAAACAGCUGCAGGGAACAUAGAAAAGGUGAUGACAGAUGAGGUUGAUCAAAUUCAAAUGGCCACUCAUUCUACAUCAGAUGUGGGUGGAGACAUGAAAUGCAAAAAUAUCGAUCCAGCUACUGGGAUCGAUGCUGUUCCAAAUGAGAAGGCCACGGAAUCAGAUGGAAAGCUGGUGGAAACCAAUGCGAGUUCUGAACAGGCAAGCAUAGAACUCGAUAGUGAGAGAUAAUAACAUCCGAGUGCUUCGAUGCGUGAGUAUGCAGAUGCUGAAAAAAAAACUUGCUGUCAACCGUUCGAUGUUCUCGGAAUUCGACAAAACCAUUGAUCCAACAUUCUCUUCAUAAUCUUCGAGGUCCAUCAAUGUUUUCUUCACACUAUCCAUGACCCAUGAAAUGAAAUCAUUUGGUUAUGGAGGCACGCACAGCCCAUUGUGGCAGCUGCCAAAUUGAAAUAGACGACUGUUAUCCACUUGAGAUGUUCUCAGAGAAUAUUGGCUAGAGAGGAAGUCUAUCAUCUGCAAGAGUGUGUAGCGUAAGGUUGCGAGAUGAAAAGCUGUGAAUGGUACUGUUGGGAGAGUGAGCUGGACUCUUACAUGGUAAGCUUUUCAGACAUUUUGAAAUAUUAUAUGAAAGGGAAUGGUAACGUCUCCAUU